AUGGGAGAUGGCGGGGGUAAGGAGGAGUAUUCCAAAUUCGGGCAGUACGAGUACCGCUCCAAUGCCAAUCUCGUGCUCACUGCCGAGAAUCGGCAACGAGUGAGCGAGCCCACCGGCGAGCCGGAAACGCUCUCGGGGCGCAUCAGGCCCAACACAUUCGGCGAUCGCGCGCGGCCAGACAAGGUGCCCGGCGAGCUGCGCAAGCGGCUCGAGAAGAUUCACAGCAAGCGCAAGCGCAGCGACAAGGAUUCGACGGCCAGGCGGCCCAAGCAGGGCAAGGAGGACGUGCUGAGCGUGCUCGACAUCUACGAGGGCUACCGCCCUAAGACCCGCGAGACACAGGCGGCCUACGAGCGGCUGCUCACCAUCACGCAGCAGCUGCUGGGCGAUCAGCCUGCCGAUGUGCUGCGCGAUGCCGCGAAUGAGGUGCUCGCGGUGCUCAAGGACGAGACGGUACAGGGCAUGGACAAGAAGAAGCGAGUGGAGGAGGUGCUGAAUGUGAUGAGCAACGAGAAAUUUACGACCCUCGUCGACAUUGGGAAGCACAUCAACGAUUUCACGGAGGAGGGGGAGGCCGCGCUGGAGAAGGACGAGCUCGAUGAGAAGCAUGGAGUACCGGUGGUCUUCGACGAGAGCGAUUCCGACAGCGACGAGUUCGAGGACAUCCUGCGCGACGACGAGGAGAGCGAGGACGAGGACGAAGGGGGCGAGGAGGCCCACAUGGUCGAGACGCUCGAGGCCAAGGAGGGCGAGGGCUCCGACGAGGAGGGGGCCGUCGGCGCCGAGGGGGCCGAGGGGGGCGCCUCCGAGCUCGACCUCGAUCCGCGGAAGAUCGACGCCUUCUGGCUGCAGCGCGAGCUGGGCAAGUACUUCCGCGAUGCGCACAGCUCGCAGGAGAUGGCCGAGCAGGUGAUGCAGAUUUUGGGCGACAAGGAGGCCGACCCGCGCGAGUGCGAGAACCGGCUCGUGCUGCUGCUCGAGUACGACAAGUUUGAUCUCAUCAAGCUGCUGCUCCGCAAUCGCUGGAAGAUCGUCUACGCCAUCCGCCUCGCCCUCGCCGCGGCCGACGACGCCGAGCGCGCCCAGAUCGAGGAGGAGAUGCGCGGGUCGCGCGCCCUGUCGGGCAUCCUCGACGCCCUCACGGCGCGCACGUCGGCCUCGACGGCCGAGAAGAGCCGCGACGUCGAGCGCUCGAUCCGCAAGGAGGCCCGCGCCCUGCUCGCCGGCGAGCGGCGCAAGAAGGGCGGCGGCGCGGGUGAGGAGGCGGCCUACGAGGGCGAGGGGCGGGCGCCCAAGCAGGUGCUCGACCUGGAUUCGCUGAGCUUCGCGCAGGGCGGGCACCUGAUGGCCAACCGGCAGUGCAAGCUGCCGCCGGGCUCGUUCCGGUCGCAGAAGAAGGGCUUCGAGGAGGUGUCGGUGCCGGCGCUCAAGCCGCCGCAGGUCAACGCGUCGGACCUGAUCCCCAUCAGCGCGCUCGACGACUGGGCGCAGGAGUGCUUCAAGAAGGACCCCGACAUGAAGACGCUCAACCCGGUGCAGAGCCGCGUGUUCGAGGCCGCGUUCAAGUCGCACGAGAACAUGCUCGUGUGCGCGCCGACGGGCGCCGGCAAGACGGUGGUGGCGCUGCUCACGAUGCUGCACGAGAUCGGGCUCAACCGGCGGGACGGGGAGCUCGACCUGGACAACUUCAAGAUCGUCUACAUCGCGCCGAUGAAGUCGCUCGUGGCCGAGGUGGUGAUCGACUUCACGCAGCGGCUCGAGGUCUACGGCAUCAAGGUGCGCGAGCUGUCCGGCGACGUCAACCUCACCAAGGCGCAGAUCAACGAGACGCAGGUGAUCGUGACGACACCCGAGAAGUGGGACAUCAUCACGCGCAAGAGCGGCGACCGGACCUACACGCAGCUGGUGCGGCUCAUCAUCAUCGACGAGAUCCACCUCCUGCACGACGAGCGCGGCCCGGUGCUCGAGUCGAUCGUGGCGCGCACCAUCCGGCAGGUGGAGCAGACGCAGGAGAUGAUCCGGCUGGUGGGCCUCUCGGCCACGCUGCCCAACUACAAGGACGUGGCGGUGUUCCUGCGCGUGGACCUCGACCGCGGCCUGUUCACCUUUGACAACUCGUACCGGCCGGUGCCGCUCGAGCAGACCUACAUCGGCAUCACGGAGCGCAAGGCGCUCAAGCGCUUCCAGCUGAUGAACGAGAUCACCUACGAGAAGGUGAUGAAGCAGGCCGGCGAGCACCAGGUGCUCGUGUUUGUGCACUCGCGCAAGGAGACCGGCAAGACGGCGCGCGCCAUCCGCGACAUGGCGCUGGCCAACGACACCAUCGGGCGGUUCCUCGAGGAGCGCCAGGCCUCGCGCGAGAUCCUGCAGAGCGAGGCCGAGGAGUCGACCAAGAACAAGGAGCUGCAGGACCUCCUGCCCUACGGCUUCGCCAUCCACCACGCCGGCAUGACCCGCUCCGACCGCACCCUCGUCGAGGACCUCUUCGUCGACGGCCACAUCCAGGUACUCGUCUCCACGGCCACCCUGGCCUGGGGCGUCAACCUGCCGGCGCGCACGGUCAUCAUCAAGGGCACCCAGAUCUACAACCCGGAGAAGGGCCGCUGGGUGGAGCUGUCGCCGCUCGACGUCAUGCAGAUGAUCGGCCGCGCCGGCCGGCCGCGGUACGACAAGCUCGGGCAGGGCAUCGUGAUCACGUCGCACGGCGAGCUGCAGUACUACCUGUCGCUGCUCAACCACCAGCUGCCCAUCGAGUCGCAGUUCAUCGGGCAGCUGGCCGACAACCUCAACGCCGAGAUCGUGCUCGGCACGGUGCAGAACGCGCGCGAGGCCGUCAACUGGCUGGGCUACACCUACCUCUACAUCUGCAUGCUCCGCAGCCCCAACCUCUACGGCAUCUCGUGGGAGGAGGCCGACGAGGACAAGUUCCUCGAGCAGCGCCGCGCCGACCUCGUGCACACGGCCGCCACGGUGCUCGACCGGGCCAACCUGAUCAAGUACGACCGCAAGACGGGCGCCUUCCAGGUGACCGACCUGGGCCGCGUAGCGUCGCACUUUUACGUGUCGCACGCCACCAUCUCGACCUACAACGAGCACCUCAAGCCCACCAUGUCCGACAUCGAGCUCUUCCGCCUCUUCUCGCUCUCCGAGGAGUUCAAGUUCAUCGCCGUGCGCGAGGAGGAGAAGGGCGAGCUCGAGAAGCUGCUCGCGCGUGUGCCCGUGCCGGUCAAGGAGACCAUGGAGGAGCCCUCGGCCAAGGUCAACGUGCUGCUGCAGGCCUACGUGUCGCGCCUCAAGCUCGAGGGCUUCGCGCUCGUGUCCGACAUGGUCUACGUCACGCAGUCGGCCGGCCGGCUCAUGCGCGCCAUCUUCGAGAUCGUGCUGCGCCGCGGGUGGGCCGCGCUCGCGCUCAAGGCCCUCAACCUGUGCAAGAUGAUCGACAAGCGCAUGUGGGCCUCGCAGACGCCGCUGCGCCAGUUCCGCAGCAUCCCGGAGGCCAUCCUCAAGAAGCUCGAGCGCAAGGACUUCCCCUUCGAGCGCCUGUACGACCUCAACAGCCAGGAGAUCGGCGAGCUCAUCCGCUACCCGCAGCAGGGCAAGCCCAUCUACCGCCUCGUCCACAAGUUCCCGCGCCUCGACCUCUCGGCCACCGUGCAGCCCAUCACCCGCUCGCUCCUCCGCGUCGACCUCACCCUCAGCCCCGACUUUGAGUGGGACCCCGAGUUCCACGGCUUUGCCGAGGGCUUCUGGGUCGUCGUCGAGGACGUCGACUCGGAGCAGAUCCUGCACCACGAGUACUUCCUCCUCAAGCAGCGCUUCGUCGACGAGGAGCACUACAUCGACUUCACCAUCCCGCUCUACGACCCGCUGCCCCCGCAGUACUACGUGCGCGUCGUCUCCGACCGCUGGCUGGGCGCCGAGACCCUGCUCCCCAUCUCCUUCCGCCACCUCAUCCUCCCCGAGAAGUACCCGCCCCACACCGAGCUCCUCGACCUCCAGCCGCUCCCCGUCUCGGCCCUCGACAACCCGGCCUUCGAGGCCCUCUACGAGCCCCUCUUCGACCACUUCAACGCCAUCCAGACCCAGGCCUUCAACGCCCUCUACACCCGCGACGACAACGUGCUCCUCGCCGCGCCCACCUCCUCCGGCAAGACCAUCUGCGCCGAGUUCGCCCUCCUCAAGCUCCUCAACGACCAGGCCGCCGGCCGCAAGGGACCCCACGUGCGCGCCGUCUACGUCGCGCCCGUGCAGGCCCUCGUCACCGAGCGCCUCGCCGACUGGCAGCGCCGCUUCGGCGACCAGGGCGGCCUCGGCCGCACCGUGGUCGAGCUCACGGGCGACACCGCGCAGGACCUCAAGCUGCUGGAGCAGGGCGAGAUCAUCCUCAGCACGCCCGAGCGCUGGGACGUCAUCUCGCGCCGCUGGAGCCAGCGCAAGAACGUGCAGAACGUCGAUCUCUUCAUCAUCGACGAGCUCCACCUCAUCGGCGGCGACAACGGCCCCACGCUCGAGAUCAUCACCUCGCGCAUGCGCUACAUCGCCUCGCAGGUCGACCGCAAGAUCCGCAUCGUCGCCCUCGCCGCCUCGCUCGCCGGCGCGCGCGACCUGGGCGAGUGGAUCGGCACCACGCCCCAGUCGCUCUUCAACUUCCACCCGAGCGUGCGGCCCGUCCCGCUCGAGAUCCACAUGCAGGGCUUCGACCACCCGCACUACAACGCGCGCCUGCUCGCCAUGAGCAAGCCCGUCCUCUACUACAUCGCCCACCACGGCGCCCCGCAGAAGCGCACCGGCAAGGCCCUCACCUCGGGCAGGGACGUCAUGGACGUCGCCGCCGCCGACGACGACGCAUCCGCCACGACGAAGAAGCCGUACUCGCGCGAGGCCCGGCCGGUGAUCAUCUUCGUGCCGUCGCGCAAGCAGGCGCUGGCGACGGCGCACGAGCUGCGCACGUUCGCCAACUCGCUCGAGGAGCCGCUCAACUUUGUGCACUGCGCGGCGGGCGACAUGGACUCGUACCUGGAGGCGUGCCAGUCCAAGUCGCUCAAGGAGGCGCUGCAGUCGGGCAUCGGCCUGUUCCACGGGCAGCUAGAGCCCAUCGAGCGCAAGGUGGUGGAGACGCUGUUCAGCUCGGGCGCCAUCCAGGUGGUGAUCGCGACGCACGACAUGUGCUGGAGCAUGGGCGGCAUGGCGGCGCACCUGGUGGUGAUCAUGGGCACCUCCUACUUCGAGGGCCGCGAGCACCGCUACGCCGACUACCCGAUCACCGACCUGCUGCAGAUGAUCGGCCGCGCGCACCGGCCGGCCGGCGCGGGCCACGCGGUGGCGGCGGUGCUGUGCCACGCGGCCAAGAAGGACUUUUACAAGAAGUUCCUGUUCGAGCCGCUGCCGGUGGAGUCGCACCUGGACCACUUCCUGCACGACCACAUGAACGCCGAGAUCGUGACGCGCACGGUGGAGAACAAGCAGGACGCCGUGGACUACCUCACGUGGACGCUGCUCUACCGCCGCCUCACGCAGAACCCCAACUACUACAACCUCACGGGCGUGUCGCACCGGCACCUGUCCGACCACCUCUCCGAGCUCGUCGAGAACACGCUCGCCGACCUGGAGACCUCCAACUGCAUCGCCGUGGAGAACGACAUGGACCUGGCCCCGCUCAACCUGGGCAUGAUCGCCGCCUACUACUACAUCCGCUACACCACCAUCGAGCUCUUUGCCUCGUCGCUCAAGGCCAAGACCAAGCUGCGCGGCCUCGUCGAGAUCCUCUCCUACGCGUCCGAGUACGACAAGGUGGGCCUGCGCCACAAGGAGGCCGCCCUGCUUGAGCGGCUGGCCAAGCACAUGCCCAUGAAGAUCACCGACGUCAAGUUCACCGACGCCCACACCAAGACCAACCUCCUCCUCCAGGCCCACUUCUCGCGCCACCGCCUCGCCACCGCCGACCUCGUCUCCGACCAGAAGCUCCUCGUCAAGGAGGCGCCCCGCCUCAUCCAGGCCAUGGUCGACGUCAUCUCCUCGUCGGGCUGGCUCAAGCCGGCCAUCGCCGCCAUGGAGCUCACCCAGAUGGUCACCCAGGCCGUGUGGGACUCGGACCCGGUGCUCAAGCAGCUGCCCCACUUCACCGACGACGUCCUCAAGCGCUGCGCCGCCCGCGGCAUCGAGAACGUGUUCGACCUCAUCGACCUCGACGACGCCGACCGCCGCGCGCUCCUCCAGAUGACCAACAAGCAGCUCGCCGACGUCGCCCGCGUCUGCAACGCCUACCCCAACAUCGAGCUCGAGUACGCCCUCGACGGCCUCGACAAGGACAACGCCGUCGUCGCCCCCGGCGAGUCGGUCGUCGUCUCCGUGAGCCUCGAGCGCGAGGACGACAGCGGCGGCGUCGUCGUGGCGCCCCACUUCCCCGAGAAGCGCCUCGAGGGCUGGUGGCUCGUCGUCGGCGACCCCAAGAACAACCUCCUCCUCUCCAUCAAGCGCCUCACCGUCAAGCAGAAGGCCAAGGUCCAGCUCGACUUCACCGCCCCCGACGCGCCCGGCCGCCACUCCUACGUCCUCUACUUCAUCUCCGACUCGUGGACCGGUUGCGACCAGGAGUACGAGCUCGACCUCACCGUCGACCCCAACGCCGCCUCCGCCGCCGGCGCCGGCGACGACGACGAGGAAGGCGACAACAUGGAGGAGUGA